AUGGGAGUCCCGCUCGAUGGUGGAGAGAAAUGGGUGGCAGAGGAGGAAGAGAGAAGAAAAAAGUUGGAGUCGUUGAAUAAGGCUAUAGAGGAGCUGGAUGACUCCGUGGCCAAACCCCAAAACAAAGCAGAACCGGGAGAAAUAAGACGCCAUUUCACCGAAGCACCGGCCGAAGAGCCUACCAAUACAUCGUCGGGGGAAGAUGACGCGGACCAGCUUCAGGAGAGCCUUGACCUAAAUGAGUUUGCAAGGUCUCACGAGGACGGAGCCUUCACGCGUCAUCUUAACAACUGGCUGAGGUUCCAUGGUCUUGACCCAGAAGAGCUGACCCACGAAUAG